AUGUGCUCUUUUACAUUUGUAGCUUCUGCUGUUUUUCUCUUGGUAGCUUCUCUAAUCAUCUACCCCUCUAAUGGAAUCACUGAAGAUAUCCUGGCUGCCAUUUGCUCUCAAACACAAAACCAAGAAACUUGUGAGGCCAUAUUAGAGAGUGAUUCGCGUACUGGCUCAGCCGACCUCCCUCUACUGUCUCUAAUAUCUCUCGAGCUUCUAUCGAAACAAGCUAGCAAAAACUACAACAGUUUUGUUUGGUUUCGUGACAAUUCUGCAGAUCCAGCUUUGAAAAAGUCAUUUGGCAAUUGUGUGGCAUUCUAUAAGGAUAUGCAGGACAAGCUCAAGGUGGCUCACCGGUUGUCGCAGCAGAGACAGUACAAAAGCAUCCAUGAAUUAGGCCAGCUGAUAACCCUGACUUACAAUUGUACGGUCCACAGACAACCAGGGCUUCUGAUUCAGGCCAUGAACUUGAUCUUUCUUCACUCAAGUUCAUAUGAUAUUACAAGGACCGAAUUUGAUGCAAGUGUAUUCACAACUGAAGGUUGUGGUUCAGGUGCUUGUUUGCCUCCUUCAAUGCUCUGGUUUGAGUCGAUCCCAAGGUGUUUGGCACAGAACCUAGACUCAGAGUUCAAGUUUCAAUGGCAUAAAGGGGAAAAUUUGGAUAAGAAUCCUGUUGGGGAUGUGAGAAAUCUUGUUCCAAUCUUCCCCUGUUCUCUGUUGAAAUCUUUGAUCCAGCAAAGGACACCUCCAGAUUUCAAGAGAAGAAAGAGAGGAAGGCAGGCCUUCUUCUGGCAUGGACUGGAGAUCAGGGCAGUCUGUGAUGGUCAAUUGUUCAAGAGAAGUGAGGUGUUGAAGCCCCAUGUAGUUCAGGGAUUUCAGCUUUUUAAGACUCCAUAUUUCAAGAGAGGCAAGAGUUGA